CGGUGAUUGAUGGGGAAGGGGCGAAUGAAUAAAAGCACUUGUCUACGGACCGAGCACGCUGCCGAGGCUGCACUGUCUGGCAUUCCCUCGGCGUUUCGUCAGAGCCAGACCGGCCUGCAGGGAAGGGAGGCGUGCCUUGCCCCGUAGCGGGCUGGACGCAGCUGCGGGCCCGCGCGGCCCGGGAAGGAGGUCCCCGCCCUGCUUUGAGCCCGCUGCUUCCGAUUCGCGAGACUGAAAGCGGCAGAGCGACCACCCGACGCCCGCUGGAGCAGGUAGCAGCAUGCCGCCGCUGCCAAGCCUGUGCGGAAGCGCCCUGGUGGCUCUGAUCCUUGCCUGCGGCGUGGCGGCGGUCCAGGGAGAAGAGAGGGGAUUCCCGCCAGCGGGGACCACUCUGCCACUUCUGGGGACCGGAGAGAUAAUGACGCCCCCGACUAAGACCUUCUGGUUAAGAGGGUCCAACGCCAGCGUGCCGCGGUCGUCUGCACCUCCGCAGAUGCCUAAAGCAGGGAGGACAGCGGGAGCCCCGCCGCGCACCCUCCCUCCCCCGUGCAAAAGACCCAUCGAGAUCAAGGAAACUUUCAAGUACAUCAACACGGUAGUGUCCUGCCUAGUAUUCGUGCUGGGCAUCAUCGGAAACUCCACACUGCUGAGAAUCAUUUACAAGAACAAGUGCAUGCGAAAUGGCCCUAAUAUCUUGAUAGCCAGCCUGGCCCUGGGAGACCUGCUGCACAUCAUCAUUGACAUCCCCAUCAGUGUGUACAAGCUGCUCGCAGAGGACUGGCCCUUUGGAGUGGAGAUGUGUAAGCUGGUGCCUUUCAUACAGAAGGCCUCCGUGGGAAUCACUGUGCUGAGUCUCUGUGCUCUGAGUAUUGACAGAUAUCGUGCGGUUGCUUCUUGGAGUCGAAUUAAAGGAAUCGGGGUUCCAAAAUGGACAGCAGUAGAAAUUGUUUUAAUUUGGGUGGUCUCCGUGAUUCUGGCUGUCCCUGAAGCUGUAGGUUUUGAUAUGAUUACCGUUGACUACAAAGGAAGUUAUCUGCGAAUCUGCUUGCUUCGUCCCACUCAGAAAACAGCCUUCAUGCAGUUUUACAAGACAGCUAAAGAUUGGUGGCUAUUUAGUUUCUAUUUCUGCUUACCACUGGCCAUCACUGCAUUUUUCUAUACGCUGAUGACCUGUGAAAUGUUGAGAAAGAAGAGUGGCAUGCAAAUUGCUUUAAAUGACCACUUGAAGCAGAGACGGGAAGUGGCCAAAACAGUAUUUUGCCUGGUCCUCGUCUUUGCCCUGUGUUGGCUUCCCCUUCACCUCAGCAGGAUUUUGAAGUUCACUCUUUAUGAUCAGAAUGAUCCCAAUAGAUGUGAGCUUUUGAGCUUUUUGUUAGUACUAGACUACAUCGGCAUCAACAUGGCUUCCCUGAAUUCCUGCAUUAACCCAAUAGCUCUGUAUCUGGUGAGCAAAAGGUUCAAAAACUGCUUUAAGUCAUGCUUGUGCUGCUGGUGCCAGUCAUUUGAAGAAAAACAGUCCUUGGAGGAAAAGCAGUCAUGCUUAAAGUUCAAAGCUAACGAUCAUGGAUAUGACAACUUCCGUUCCAGUAAUAAAUACAGCUCCUCUUGAAAGAAGGAAUAUUCAAUUAAUUUCAUUUUCUUUAUUUUGGACAGCAGUCAUUAAAACAAUGGAGGCAUCUGCCAAAACAAAACAAAACAAUUGUGUUUGCACAAGCGGCAAAAACGCACGUCAUUAUUUUCUUAACACUCAUAGUCACACAUGACAUUUCAUGAGCUGUUUACAGCAUGAGAAGGAAAACAGUGGGAAUCAAGGAAGCUUCGUUGUGAUAGCACUUAAAUGUUUCAGUCAGCACUUCAGUGUAGCUCUUAAUAACUUCCAGGAUAUUUAUACACCAUUUACAUUUAAAUUGAGCUUGUUCAGAGUUCCUGUGAAAGAGGUUGAUUUUUUAUUAAUGAAAAUCUGCUAUGAAGGAAAAAUGCAUACUGUAAAAUGAAAUUUAUAAAUGAAGUUCAAAUUAUUCAAUUUAAAAUUUUUAAAAAUCCUUUAAAAUAACUUUUCUCUUCAGUGUCAUACUCUUGGUUGGACUCUAAUUGGAUACAAAAUGUGAAAGCAGUGUAGUCGGAGUGUUUUUUGACAUUAGAAGUAUAUUUAAGUGCUCAGAAGGUAGCAUCUGAAAAAAAGAUGGAGGUGUUUUGAAAAUCAUUAACCUUUUUGCACUCAGGUAAGGUCAAAUGUCAUGAAGGGAAAGAGAAACGUUUUGGAAUGCUAUCCCAAAAACAGUUUUAAAAUCUCCCAUUCAUGUUCUUUGCAAAGAAAACGCUACCUACAAUUUUUUCAGGAUUAUUAAAACAUUCUUCUUCGUUCAAAAUUGUAGUUUAAACACUAUUUGUUUUGUUUUGUCAUCUGUAAACACUUAGCCACGAUACGUGACAUGCAGAUGAUUAAAUACAGGGCAGGCCCUGGAGUUCAUAACUUUAUGAAGGAGAAGUGCCAGUAAACCAAUAACGGACAGAAUGUGAGAUGCCUGGAGCAGUGUUCACAUGGCAAAGGAGAAGGCAGCAUCUUCUCUACUCAUAUUAUUAGUUCAAAUGGCCUCUGGUAUGUGUAUAAUAUGAUAGUUAAAAUACUGUCUUUCAAGAUCACACAAACUAGUCAAUUUAACAGCCACCUGUAAAGCUUUUUUACUAAUUCUUUUAAUUAUUUUUAUAAAUAACUAAUAGAAAAGAGUUCUUCUUGGGGUGCUUUCCUGUCAUUUACAGGCAAAAACUGCUUUUUGAGAUAGUCAGAACCUCUUACUCUGCAUUUUUGCCUGAUUCGUCCACCGCCCCAGCAAAGGGCCUUCAGUUAACUUGGGAUGAGAUGUGUGUGAAAGUAUGAACAAGAGAAAGCAGGAGAGACAGGAAAUGAGGUGGGGUGGGAGGAAACCCAUGGGGACAGAUUCCCAUUCUUAGCCUGACGUUCGUCAUUGCCCGGUCACAUCAAUGCAAAAAGUCCUGAUUCUGUUCCAGCAAAACAGAGCGUAAUGUUCUCAGAGUGACUUCAGGAAUAAAUUGGGCCCAAGAGCUUUAACUCAGUCUUAAAAUAUACCAGAGUUUCUACUUUUUUUUUUCUUUCAGUAACCCAGGGCUACAUGUUGGAAAUAAGCUAGCAAAGUUGUUUCUGCCAGCACUUAAUGUGAUGAUACAGAAAACCAAAACCCAACAAUGUGGCCAAAAAGACAGGACGAUAAAUUAAUUCACGUGCCACAUGGAUUCUGUUUAUGAGUCACUCACAGUCUUGUUUAUUAAUCUCUUCCUGCUCACUUUUUCAGACGCCUGUCAUCACAGAAGACAUUCCAAAUUUUGGGUUUGAAAUUAACUUGAGGUCACUACUAUUUUCAGUUUGUUAAUAUAUUUUUAUACCUAUUUAAAUUUUAGUGCACUUUUAUUGCCAUGUGCUGAGUUUCGUUUCUUCCUCCUCAUUUACAUCCUGACACCUUUUCCUCCUCUGUGUCAGAAUCAUGGUCUUUAGUCAUUUUGACAAAUUUUGAAACUGCACGCAAAGAGUAUACACAUGCACUAUUUAUAAUGAAAUUGCUUUCGGUAGCUUUUCUAAAAAUGUUUGAUUCAAACUUUUAACAUACAGAUAAAGGUGCGCAAGAAACAAACAUGAUUUCUUAGCAUAAUUAAAACCAAUACAGUAAAAGGUGCUGCUAUAUAACUUUAAAACGUAUUUCCUAUUAUGAAGGACUAUAUAAUAGUGAUGGACAAAAAUAGUAUUAACAUGGAUUUUAAAACUUAAAAGAUUUAUAAGCAAUUUUAACCUACUAUUUUCUCCUUUUAUUAAUUGCUAAUAUGGGUGCAUGUACUAAAACCUUUUACUACUGACAGCUUAUAUGUGGCCAAAGGAAUACAGUUCAUAGCAAAACAUGGGUAUGCUGUAGCUGACUUUAUAAAAUUGUAAUAUAACCAUGUAAAAUAAUUAUAUAUUUUGUUUUUCUGGGGCCACUUAAAGUGGCAACUACUAUAGUUACUGAUUCUUAUAUAUAUAAACAAAAAGCAAUAAAAAUUUAAAUUGUUUUAAAAAAAGACAA